AUAUUUUUUUUGGUACAACAACAAUUUAUUUAUUUGGUAAGUAUAGUAUUAUUUUAUUUCUAUUAUUUUUUCGCAUGGUUCUUUGUCAGCCUAUAAAAUCGCAAAUCCAUCAAAAUCCCAAAUUUUAGGGUUUCGAUGUCCAAUCCAAAGCUUCAUUUAUUAAGAUUUAGCUAAAAAAGUUGAAAUUUGAAUAUGGAUUUGGGAACUGAAUCGGUGGAAGAGAAUGAAGUGAAUCACGGUGAUGCAAAUGAAAAUGGAACAAAUGGUGAAGGUUCUGUUUCUGGUGAGAAAUUAGGGUUUGAAUUUGAUGGGAAUUUUGGUGUUAAACCGGAUCAAGAGGGGAUUUUUGGUGAAUUGGGUAGUGAGGAAGCUGUGAAUUCCAAAGGGGCACCGAGAAAAGGGGUUGGGUUGAAGAAAUGGAAGAGAAUUAAGAGGAAUGUUGUUAGGGAUCAUAAUUCGAGUGCCGAUGAUUCGAGUAAAGUGUUGAAGAGGGGUUUGUCUGGCUCUGGAAAUGCCAAUUUGAGUGAAAACAUGCGCGGUGUUAAGGAAAAAAAUGAUGGAUCUUCGAACGCGUUUGGUAAUGUAGUGUUUUCUGAUGGGCAUAUGAUCCGGGGUUCUAGUUCGGAUUCUAGAUAUGCAGUUGGAUCUGGUUUUGUUGUUGGGACUGAUUCUGAGAAUAGUGAGGAUCGGAGUAGCAAGUCUUCCACGGCAGCUAGUGAGCCGAAGGUUAGACACGAGAAAAGCCGUGGUAGUAGGAAUUCGAAUUCAAAGAAUUUGGUUAACUCAGCUCUAAAGGUUCAGCAAGGAAAGGGACAAAUUGAGAGCUCUACGAAACAUGGAGGUGGUGGAAGAGUUAUAAUUGAGAAGGAAAAUUCUAUUUCGAGUUUGGAAUCAGAUUCAAGAUCCAACUAUAAGCAAGGUGUUUCUGCGGUUACUAGUAAUGGAAAACAUAGUGGUAACCCCCACAUUUAUGAUGGAGGAAACGAUGGUGAAGCUCACACCAAUGAACAUUUUUCUGAGGGAGAUGAAGGUGGUUAUGGCAAUGAAAAUGGUGAAGAUGAAGAUCUUCUACCGGAGAAUUCAGCGGCGAAUCUGUCUUGGGAUGCUCCUGAAGAAAAAAGUGAGAACAACCAAUCUACGAGCUCUGAAGAUCCUUUAAUUGAGUCUAUCAGGAGCCUUCAGGCUGUUCAGGAGGCACUUGAAGAAGAACUCCAGAAAUUCAGGGAGAUUGAUACCGAAGUUGUCUCACCAGACGACGACACAGCUAAAUGUAGCAGUGCAUCUGCUGGUAUCACUGCUGUUGAUCUUGAACUUCAUAAGUCGGGUUUAUCCGGUCAUUCUAGCGCAGAAGAAAAUAAACAAGGCACUUCAAAUCCCUUGGAGUUUCAGAUAUUGAACUUGACACAACAUGUAAACCUUUUGGAAAGUAAGCUGGAGGAGUUACAAGGUGUGCUUGCCGUAAAGGAUUCAAGGAUUGUUGAACUUGAAACAGUCUUGAGUAGUGGUAAAUUUCCUAAAGAAGAAUCUGCUAACACCGUAGGUUUAUCGGAGGAAGAACAUAGAGAAGUACAGUACGAGGUAGAGGUGCUUUUUAGGCAGAAGAUUGAAGCUGAGGUUGAAUACCUAGCUAUCACAAAGGUGAUGCAGAACUUGAAAGUUGGGGCAGAUUUACAACUUAAGUUAUUGGAAGAACAAGAGAAACUGUCUGAAAAUCAAGAGCAUGUUCUCAACAAGCUCGUAGGUGCGGAGAGUAGGGCUUCAGUGCUGAAGAACAAAGCAGAAGAAUUGGAAAAAUAUGUCGGUGAUAGUUUAAUAGUUGAGGAAUCUUUUACGCUGCAGAAAAGAGUAUGUAAGGUGUCAAUUUAUCUUUUCCUACAGUUCUUUGUGUUAAUCCUGUUUUGGUUUCUUGCGUCACAAUCCCCCAAUUCUGGGGUUGUUGUACCCACAUAAGCCUGCAAAAGUAAGAUCAUUUUGUGUAUUCUCAAAAGUUUGUUUUGUUCAUCUUCAAUGUAAAAUUUCCUUGUUAUAUAAAACUUACCCUCCUUUUUUAGGGUAGGGGGAGAACUUGCACUUUCUCUCCUUUGUCUAUUAUCAUUUUGUGCACAGCCUUAAAUAAUGUAAUUUGAGUUUGGGAAAGACGCAUGUUAUGUUAGAAAUUUAUCGGUGAGAUUUCAAAUAAACGACUUAGACGGAUGUUUCCUUUA